AUGGGUGAGCAAAAGAAUAUCUCGGUUGAUUCAGCGUUCAAGACGGCCAGCUCAGUGUACAAUUCUAAGACUGGGCCUCCUGAUUAUGCCCAUGGACCCAAGAAACCCGCCGUGGACCCAUUCUACAACCUGAGCCAGGGCUCUAUUGAAACAGGAGCAAAACUGAAACCGGACCGGACACACAGCAAACUCAACCUCCACGUGCCUUCCAGCAACCCCCACCUAGACACGAGCAAGGUUACGCUGAAGAGUAUGAUCCACAUCACCGUCAAGGACAUGUCCCCCAUCAAGCUGCUGCCUAUGGUUCACUGCAAGGUUCAUAUUCCUAUGACACACAGCAACCCGAAUAUGACGCACGCGAAGCAUAUCCAGAACCUCCUCGUCGACGACAGACAGACCCAAGUUCGGACAUGUCCGCGGCUGUCACUCGUCCUCUUGAGACUCUGA